AUGUCUUUUAAGCCAGCACUCGUCAUCGUCGACGUACAGGAAGACUUUUGCCCGCCAGAUGGAGCGCUGGCGGUGACAGGUGGACGCGACAUCGUACCAGCCAUCAACGAGUUCCUCACAUAUCCGUUUGCCCUCAAAGUUGCGACCAAAGACUUUCAUCCCCAAGACCACAUUUCCUUCGCAUCGAACCAUUCUCCGCCGAACAACAAGCCCUUCGAAUCUACCUUCAUCAUCAAGAACCCCGAGAACCCAGACGAGACGCAAGAAACGCAACUAUGGCCCGACCAUUGCGUGCAGGGUACAAAAGGCUCUGAGCUGCUGCCAGAGCUAGAUAUUGGCAAAGUGGACCACAUAGUCGAGAAGGGCCAGGACAAGCGCGUGGAGAUGUAUUCUGCAUUUGCGGAUCCGUUCAAAAGUCAUGUUGCUAAGAGCAAUCUUGCAGAAACACUGCGCAAGACUGGCAUCACUGAUGUCUAUGUCGUAGGUCUCGCAGCCGACUACUGCGUGAAGUUUACAGCCAUCGAUGCACAGAAGGAGGGCUUCAAAACGUGGGUGGUGGGCGAUGCGACAAAGGCGGUUGAUCCGUCAGCAAUGGAAGAUGUCUAUAGAGACUACGAGAAGGUUGGAGUCACAGUCAUAGCCAAGGACGAUGCGCAGGUACGGAGGGUCAAGGAGCAAGUGCAGCGGACUCAGGACCAGGACGCGAAAGACGCAGCCAAAGCCGGUGAGAGUGUGCUGGACUGA